AUGAGAGUAUCCAGUUGGUCGUUGGCAUAUCUCCCUCUCUUGUGGACGGUGCAAUUCUGCUCGGGAAUACCUUUACCGCAUAAUACAACUUCCACAAGUGUCGACUACGAUGUUGUCAUAAUCGGAGGUGGACCAGCAGGGCUGAGCGCAUUGAGUGGGCUUGCUCGAGUGCGUCGGAAAGCACUUCUCAUUGACUCUGGCGAGUACCGUAACGCACUGACCAGACAUGCUCACGACAUCAUCGGCUUAGACGGUGUAACACCAGCAUGGCUUCGAUAUGCGGCCCGCGAAGGAAUUGCAAAAUACCCAACGGCAACGAUGAUUAAUGGAACAAUCCAGGACAUUCAAAGUGUCAAUAAUAUUUCAUAUUUCUUCACUUCAGAUGAUCAAGGAAGAUCUUGGACAAGCUCCAUGAUUGUGCUUGCGACAGGGAUCAAGGACAUUCUCCCAUUGACGCCUGGUAUUGCUGAAAAUUGGUCUCGUGGCAUCUACUGGUGUCCUUGGUGCGAUGGGUAUGAACAUCGCGACCAGCCUUUUGGAAUCCUGGCCAAUCUCUCGGACGUUUUUGACACGGUCAAAGAAAUCAAGACUUUGAAUUCCGACACGAUUGCUUUCGUCAAUGGCACGUUGAAUAACGAGACCAUCAGCACUCUGGACGCGAAAAGCCCUGGUUGGAUGACUGUUCUGAAUACCUGGGGUGUCAAGUUGGAGAAUCGUACCAUCUCUGCCAUUAAGAGAUUACAGGAUGGCGGCAUCGUCAACGACCCGAGUACACAGUCUGAGUUUGACCGCUUCUCCGUCGAAUUUACCGAAGGGCCAGCAAUUGAGCGUAAUGCAUUCAUCAGCGGAUUUGCCAAAAGACAGCGAUCUUACCUUGGGCAAUCCUUGGGUGUGAAUGUCACAAACGAGAAGAUCCAGGUCGAUUUAACCAAAGGCAUGGUCACAAACAUUGUGGGGGUGUAUGGCGUCGGUGAUGCCAAUUCUGAUGGUAGCACAAAUGUUCCUCAUGCUAUGUGGAGUGGAAAAAGGGCUGCAGUCAGUAUUCAUUUGGCAUUGAGCAACAUGGAGGCUGCUGCCGUCCUCGAGCAUGGCUCGGCACACCAUAAACGGCGGUCGGAACUUACAGAGGAGAUGGUGCUUGAUCUGAUGGGUCGAGACGUAGAGGAACUUUGGGAGAGUAAACAGUUCGUGAAAUGA